GCCUCAGGACUGGCCAUAAUUUUAAACGGUGCCUCAGGACUGGCCAUAAUUUUAAAGGGUGCCUCGGGACUGGCCAUAAUUUUAAAGGGUGCCUCGGGACUGGCCAUAAUUUUAAAGGGUGCCUCGGGACUGGACAUAAUUUUAAAGGGUGCCUCGGGACUGGCCAUAAUUUUAAAGGGUGCCUCAGGACUGGCCAUAAUUUUAAAGGGUGCCUCAGGACUGUCCAUAAUUUUAAAGGGUGCCUCAGGACUGGCCAUAAUUUUAAAAGGUGCCUUGACUGAAAAAAGUUGAAUGUAUACAUGCAAAAUGUUAAAAAAUUUUCAUUUUAAAUGAAAACCCAGAAAUGGAG